UGGAGUCGGAGAAGCCAACCAGCUGACAGUUUUAUUAUUGCUAAAGGAGCAAACACGAGAGUGGAGAGCUGAGCAGAUACUGGGGAUGGACGCUUCAGGGUACCCUUGGGAGACUCUAAACCGAACACCAGGGCUUCCAGGCCAAACGCCUCCAGAACAAAGCUGUCUUGUCUGAGUUGGGGGAGGCAAUUCUGGGGGCCCCCUUGCUGUGGAGGGCUGUUUUCAGCCUUGGAUAGAGAAGGCCUGAGCUAAGGAGCCAGCCCUAGCUUGUGGUUGCCCGGUGACAGAAGCAGUGGUGUUAUGGGAAGCUCGGACAACCCCACACCAAACCCUGCCCAGCGUGAACCUAGCUCUCCUGGAGCCCCUGGCCCUGCAGGUGCCCACCCCACUCGGGCCUCGCCUGCCAUGAGACCUGUCAGUGUGUGGUUUCCAUGGAGACUGCUGCUGCUGCAUUUGCUGUGCAGCUCCAGUGUGGGGUCUCCAUCCCCUUCCACUGACCCAGAGAAGAAGGUGGGAAGCCAGGGGCUGAGGUUCCGGCUGGCUGGCUUUCCUAGAAAGCCCUAUGAGGGCCGUGUGGAAAUACAGCGUGCUGGCGAAUGGGGUACCAUCUGUGAUGAUGACUUCACACUGCAGGCUGCCCAUGUCCUCUGCCGGGAACUGGGCUUCACAGAAGCCACAGCUUGGACCCAUAGUGCCAAAUACGGCCCAGGAACAGGCCGAAUCUGGUUGGACAAUCUGAGCUGCAGUGGCACUGAGGGAAGUGUGACAGAAUGUGCCUCCCGGGGCUGGGGAAACAGUGACUGCACCCAUGAUGAGGAUGCUGGGGUCAUCUGCAAGGAUCAGCGCCUUCCUGGCUUCUCGGACUCCAACGUCAUUGAGGUGGAGCAUCACCUGCAAGUGGAGGAGGUACGACUCCGACCUGCCGUGGACUGGGGCAGGCGACCCCUGCCUGUGACUGAGGGCCUGGUUGAAGUCAGGCUUCCCGAGGGCUGGUCGCAAGUGUGCGACAAAGGCUGGAGUGCCCACAACAGCCACGUGGUCUGCGGUAUGCUGGGCUUCCCUGGAGAAAAGCGAGUCAACACGGCCUUCUACAGAAAGUUGAGGAAGCGAGCGGCCAAAGCCUCGGCCCGACGCCCCAAGCCCCUUGGAAGAACAACCCACAAGUUUAAAGUCAAACACAAGCCCCGAGUGGGCAGGGGGCCAAGCAAGAGGAUGCUGGCCCAGAGACAGCAACACUCCUUUGGUGUGCAUGGGGUAGCGUGUGUGGGCACAGAAGCCCACCUCUCCCUUUGUUCUCUGGAGUUCUAUCGUGCCAAUGACACUAGCAGGUGCUCCGGGGGAAGCCCUGCAGUGGUGAGCUGUGUGCUGGGCCCUCUUUACGCCACCUCUACUGGUCAGAAGAAGCACCAACAGUUGAAGCCUCAGGGGGAGGUUCGUGUGCGUCUAAAGGGUGGUGCCCACCCUGGAGAGGGCCGAGUGGAAGUCCUGAAGGCUGGCACAUGGGGAACAGUCUGUGACCGAAAGUGGGACCUGCAGGCAGCCAGCGUGGUGUGUCGAGAGCUGGGCUUUGGCACUGCUCGAGAGGCCCUGAGUGGUGCCCGGAUGGGGCAGGGCAUGGGUGCCAUCCACUUGAGUGAAGUUCGGUGCUCUGGCCAGGAACCCUCCCUCUGGAAGUGCCCCUCCAAGAACAUCACAGCUGAGGACUGUUCCCAUAGCCAGGAUGCUGGCGUACGAUGCAACCUCCCCUAUACUGGAGUGGAGACUAAGAUCCGACUCAGUGGGGGCAGAAGCCGUUAUGAGGGCCGAGUCGAGGUGCAAGUAGGGAUGCCUGGGCAUCUUCGUUGGGGCCUCAUCUGUGGGGAUGACUGGGGGACACUGGAGGCCAUGGUGGCCUGUAGGCAACUUGGUCUGGGCUACGCCAACCACGGCCUGCAGGAGACCUGGUACUGGGACUCAGGGAAUGUGACUGAGGUGGUGAUGAGUGGAGUACGUUGCACAGGGUCUGAGCUGUCCUUGAACCAAUGUGCCCAUCACAGCACCCACAUCACCUGCAAGAGGACAGGGACCCGCUUCACUGCAGGAGUCAUCUGUUCUGAGACUGCUUCAGACCUCCUGCUGCACUCGGCACUGGUACAGGAGACUGCUUACAUCGAGGACCGACCCCUGCACAUGUUGUACUGUGCUGCCGAAGAGAACUGCCUGGCUAGCUCCGCCCGCUCAGCCAACUGGCCUUAUGGCCAUCGGCGUCUGCUCCGAUUCUCUUCCCAGAUCCACAACCUAGGAAGAGCCGACUUCAGGCCCAAGGCUGGGCGCCAUUCUUGGGUGUGGCAUGAGUGUCAUGGGCACUACCACAGUAUGGACAUCUUCACUCAUUAUGACAUCCUGACCCCCAACGGCACCAAGGUGGCUGAGGGCCACAAAGCUAGUUUCUGUCUAGAAGACACUGAGUGUCAGGAGGAUGUCUCGAAGAGGUACGAGUGUGCCAACUUUGGAGAGCAGGGCAUCACCGUGGGAUGCUGGGAUCUCUACAGACAUGACAUCGACUGCCAGUGGAUCGACAUCACAGAUGUGAAACCAGGAAACUACAUUCUCCAGGUGGUUAUCAACCCCAAUUUUGAGGUAGCGGAGAGUGACUUCACCAACAAUGCAAUGAAGUGCAGCUGCAAGUAUGACGGCCACCGCAUCUGGGUACACAACUGCCACAUUGGUGAUGCCUUCAGUGAGGAAGCCAACAGAAGGUUUGAGCGCUACCCUGGCCAGACCAGCAACCAGAUUGUCUGAAAUGCCACCACCCUUUCUGCAAACCACCACCGGCCCCUCAGUGGCAGGGGUCUGAGGCUGCCAUUACCUCAGGAGCUUACCACAAGAACCCCUGAUGCCAGCAGGCCCACCAUACUCGUCCACCUGUGCACUAUGGAUGAUGAACUGUUGAACAAAAGUUGGUGCCUCCCUUACUGGGUCAGCUCUCAGUACCUCCGGCCAGCCAUGGAGAAUCAGCCAACAGACCCAUCAACGGACAGAACACACCACAAAGAACUGCCCCACACAGGAUGGGGAGGUCAGCAAGGUCAGCUCCCACUGCUCUGCUAAGUUCUCCUAAGUACCGCUUUACCUCUGGCCUUUUGGUGGGGGAAAAGAUCCAGCCCCCAGUUUUGACUGAAACAUGUUGCUAGAUAUAAUUUUAUUUUAUAUAAAAUGUGUUCUUCAGAGC